GUGGCGUUGUGCGCUGGCGUCCGCGCUGGCGCUCGGCGCUGGCAUCCGUGCUGGCGCAGUGCGUGGGCGUCCGCGCUGGCGCUCGGCGCUGGCGAGCUCGCCACGGGCAGAGCGCGACGGGCAGACGCAGGUGCAGCGCGAGGGAUGCAUGCGACAGUGCGACGGGCAGCGCGACGGGGAGAACGCGGACAGCUCGCCCCCGCAACCGUCGCGACCGUCACCACGGGGGUCGCAACGAGCGCCGUGA